GAAAAAGAAUUAUUGAGGGCGCUCUUCACCAAAGUUAGUUGAGCAAGCAGCUGGAAUGAUGUGGAAAUUUUAGAAUGAGCGAUGUUUUUCGCUACCGAAUGUCAUAUUUCUUGAUUGAAAAUGGACGAGGACGAAACAGACAGUGGAUAUUCUACUUCAAUAAAUGAUAACGCAAAGGUUCACAUCAAGGAUCAAUCCAACGGCACCACGCUGGAACAGCGUGACAUCAAUGGGCACAAAGUGACCAACGGUCUGAAGACCUACCGGAGACCAUCUCCAUUACAGAUUAAGAUGGAAAAACAAAGGGAAGCUUCCAGAAAGCGGGAGGCGGGGAGGCAACGGGAAAGUCCCAAGAAACCACGGCAACAGAGCAACAACUCCCCAUUGGUGGAUCAGCAGCCGCGUCGCUCGGCGCUAGUCUCCAUCGACAGACUAGCCGUGCCGUGGAAAACAACGGCGCUGGACAGGCAACCCAGUGAGCAGCCACUAGUUUCUAUAGACAGUGAAAGUGAGGAUGAAUUUGAUAUAGUAGCCUUGUCUUCUGCACCUUCACAGACGACGGAGAAUCUCAGACAGCAGCUUUUGAAAGACGGCUUCCGAUUGGACGAAAUCCCCGACGACGAGGAGCUGGACCUUAUACCGCCGCGACCGAUGAACGAACGCUGCAUCUGCUGUCAAACCACCCAAGUCACCUGUUCGAUCCAGUGACACUAGGGGGAGCCCUAGGUGAAUUGCUUCAGAUGACUGGAUCAUUUGUGUAUAUUUAAGAGAAUUUUAUAUAAUGUUGUGGUACAGUAAAAUGAAUAUUGCAUAAUGUACCCGGUACUGUAAGAAAGCUGUUAUUUAUUUAGCUUUGACUGCUCUGAAGUUUCUUGUCUUGAAGUACAGUAAAGACAUUUUGGUAACCACCCAUUUCAGCAUAUAAGCACCAUGUUCUUCCAUUGUUUGUUUGUUGUCAAAGAUCACAAUCCUUAAAAUGAUCAUGAGGUCCAUCUUUGGUCAAUUAUGCAUGCGUACCUCAAUUCACCCCGAAUUCACAAGAAUCCUAAAACUGAAUUUGCAUGAUUUCAAUAGAUGCAGUACUUUAGUGUCCAGGUCUCAAGUAUUGCGUGGUCUUUUCUGAUUGGGUACAUUUAGUCCAUAUUGCUCACCAUCUUGUUCGAGUGUAAACAUUCCAAAUCCUUCAAAAUCCUUCAAAAUCCACCGGGUUUUGUAGGAUUGAGGAAGGUACAACAAACCACUAUUUCUUAUGUAAACAUGAAACGUGAUGUCCCUUGGGAGUUAUAGUACAGAGAAUGUGCCAUUUCAUUUCUGCGUACUGAUCAAUUUUGUUUUGGGAAGGUUUCUUGCAAAAACUGCCAGGGGAGUUAUUCUACGAGCCAUAUCGCACUACGAGCCAUUGCACUAUUGCUGGCAAAAGUCAUUAGUCUGGUGCCCUAUAUUCCUGAUUUCAAAAUUGAAUUGCGUUCACGUCACUGCAUUUCGGGCAAGCAAAAUAUAUGCUGUGGUGUGCUUGCCCUCAGUGUCCCCCCCCCCCUUCCCACUCCCCCAAACUUUUCACUGUCUAUCAGCAUGAAAACAUAUAUUUGUCCUGCAUGACCUUAGUGUAGCAAGUAAUUGUUAAUUGAAUUUAGCUCAUUUGACAGCGAGGCCCAUUUGUUUCCAGCCUCAAGUAUUUUUCCACAUUUCUAUACGUGUACAGUGGGGUGUUGGUCACAGAUAAGUAUUCAGAGUCAAGCCCAGGAACACCCACCCAAUGGUAUCUAUAUACAGACACUGCUUAGUCCAACAAAAAUCUGAAAUUUUUAGACUCCUUGGGAAUUUGAUUGAAUUUUACUUAAAUCUGUUUAACUAUUUUGGGAUCCAGAACUGGUAAUUAGCCUUCAAAAUCAAUGCAGUGAAUGGCAAAAUGCAGUGGAUUCCUGUUUCAUUUGUUGCAUUCUUGUUAUUUUUUCUGGUCAGUUAAGGUUUGAUUUUGUAUUGGAAUUCUUCUUGACUUGGACAAAUGACCCCACCCCCAAAAAAUGAUCGGCAGGUGCUUGUUUUUUAUAAGACUUCUGUUUGAUUUUGUUGGAUUAAGCUGGAUUUCAAACAAUUUUACACAGUUGUGUUGAAAUCAUGUAAAGCUUAUGGAAAAGAGAAACAAACUGAUAUUGUCAAAUAUUUAUGUUAUUUGUUUUGUUGAUCUAUCAUUCCAAGCUGAUAUUUUUUGUUCUUUGGUUGUACAUUAUUUGUGAAGUACUUGUGCAAACAUUCCUUUAUUACCAAAUGCGAUUUUCAGACAAUAAAUUACAUAUCACGACAUCUCCCAUGCGAGAAAAAAAUUAAUCAUUUUGAGCUGGUUUUUCAUAUGUCAUGAUUUCUUUACUGAUGUAGUCUUCUCCAUAAGGUGAGCAUGUCAAACAAGUGUAACAUUUCAUAGGUUACCAACUGUGAGCAAAUGUGCGGGAAGAAAUGCUGAGGGUUAAAAAAACAAUCCUUUUUUUUUUAAAUAAAAAAAAUGGUUAUAUUUGGAUUCACAUUUAAUCACUGGGUUGAAUUUCUAACUAAGAAAUAUAUGUUCUCUCAUACUUCUAAAAGUAAAAACUAAAAUGUGAACCCAUAUGUUAUGUAGCACACUUGUAGAAAAUUGUUAGUGUUAUUUUUGUGCGUGUAGAAUAUCAACUCAGAAGACUGAUUCUUAAAACCAUUGUACUGCAUAAAAUGCGCCUUUAAAACAACUGAUGUUGGCAAUAAUUCUAUUGGUGUCAAAGAAUUGUAAAUAAAAACAAAAGAAAGACAAAAAAAACAUUAGUGUACGGUGGUUGUACCAGUGCAUGUACAGUACCUUAGUUCAUGUUGUAGAGAACCAUGGAACUAUCAAGACGAAAUUUUUAACUCAACUUUAAAAUGGUUAGGUUAAAUGUUCUGCUUAAGUCGUUCAAAGAACAUUUUCUUUUGAAUAACUCAUGUUGAAAUACAGUGUGCCACCUACAUUAGAACAAUGAUUUGUCAACUAUUUGCACCGUCAAUCUUGUAGUCAGCAACGUAUCUGGAGUAGUACUGUUAAUGUUAAUUGUAUGACCGUUAUUUGUAAUGAAUAUUAUUUAAAAUACUUUUUUUUUCAUGUGACUGCUGAAUAACCAUAAUAUUGAUUUUAAUUUUAAAAGAAAAAAAUAUGAGAGCUAGACUGUAAAGAGUUCUGUAACUCAUGAUUAUGUAUGUCAAUAAACAAAUGUUUUAAAAAUCAAACUAUAAUUUUUUUUAAACUAAAAAAAGUAACCACCAAUCUUGCGUUUGGGAAUAUCAUAAUGUUAAUAUAUGAGUUGUAUCUUGACGCACAGUGUAAUUUCACAAUGCUCUUUCAUGUGAGGCCAGUUAUGUUCAGUUAACUUGUUUAAUUCAUUCCCCUGAGCUCUGUCAUUAUUGUGGUCUGGUCGUAAUAAAUAAUGAAAUACAUAAUGCAUUGCAUCGGACAAACAUGUACAUGUAUGUAUAGUAUGUGAAUAGUGUUGGGCAUCUGUUUUGAUUCCCAUUUCACUAGUGGCCAUACGUUACGUACUGUUUUAUGUCACACUCAAGCCAAGAUUUGGGUUUAUUAUCAGAUGUCCAAGCGAGGGCAGCAGAUAGCUUUUGCAGACAGUCAGUGCAACAUCAACUUCAAAACUUGUCUUUUUCCUAAAUCAUGCAGCAAACAUCUUAGAUUUGAUUUCUUUUGGGCUUUAGCAUGUUCAGUGUAAAUGGGUGCUUGUUUGUGAACAUACAACAUCCUAGAUGCAUUUUCUUUGAUGCAGAAAUUUCAAAAUAUUCCUGAACUAGCGGAAGUCAUUCCUAACUUCUAAUUUCGUUUAAAAUACAUGUGAAUGUGGCCAGGUUACCAGCCAAAUUUUAGCCUGUAUUAUUAAUAUGGAAGCCUUCACUGGUAAGCAAUAAAUACUGCUGUGUCUUUUACGUAGUGAAAAGAAAAACAAUUCCACACUAGGUAUUUUUCAGAAAACAUCUCACUGUUAAACAAAAACGAUUUGUUGAAAAUCCCAACAAUUAUCUUUUUCUUUCAUUAAUUAUUGUGCAAUUCUUCUGUAAUUAAUAACAAGCGUUUUUCUUUUAUAAUUCCAAGAUAUUUUCGUUGUAAUUUGUUUGUAUUUGUAAACAGUAAUUAAAUUUGUUUAAGACCACCUCAAUAUGUAAGGAGAUGUAAGGAGCAACUAAGGCAUUUACCAAACCUUGAAUUAAGUCAAGUUUUGGUUCCAUGAUUUCAACUCAAUGUGAGUCUAUAUCAGCUUUGAGAAUGGGAUCAUUCCUAGCUUGAGAAUAUCCAGCUCAAUUGGCUCAUGACAUUGGAGAUUCACCAGUCUACUGUCAAAUCUCCCAUGUCAUGAACCUAGUGAGCUGGAUAUUUCAUCAAAACAAAAUUUAACUUUAACUGCCUUCAAAAUGUUUUGAUCUGGAUACAGAGCUGGAGACAAAGCCAAGAUUUCGUAAAUGGCGUUCGCUAGUUAGUAAGUUUAAUGGCAGAAACUUGUUUGACAAUUUUUUGCUUUUGAAGAUUGCAUUAUUUUGUUGUUUUUGAACUUAGGGUAAAAUUGAAUGGAUGACAUGCCAUAAUGGUUCAUUCUUGUGUUGUAAAUAGCAGUUAUACAAAUACUUCCAUGAUUAUGUUCAAUCUCUAAAACUAUUGUAGGCUAUUUAAUGACUUUCCUUUAGCUUUAGAACAUUGUCUUUCAUUUUAAUUUUAUUAUAGGACUAAGAAGUAAAUUAUCUUCAGACCUCUUCAGAUUGUAGACACUAGCAAACACAAAACAGUCAAAACUUAAAAAGCCUGAUUUGUAAUUCCCUUAAAAACAUAUAGACUUUAUCAUUUAGACUUCUGGGGUAAAUUGAAUAUUCAUAACUGCUAUUUUUUCCGGAAUGUAUAAAUUCUUAUAAACAUCUGCACAGUUUUAAAUACAGAUCAUUAGUUUAUUAUAUGGAAUUCCGCUGCAUUGCUUUUUGAGUGGCAUUCAGCCCAAAGCUGCGCACAAAAUGUAUACAUUCAUAUUUACUUUUUGCUAACUCUGCUGCCAUUCAAUUUGACGUAACAAUAAUUAUGACGCAGUGAGUAGGACGUCAUCAAAAUUCUGUAUACCAAUCAGGAAUGGAA